AUGGCCAAGCAAUCCGAAGAUAUCUCGGUUGCAUUAAGUCCAGCAGAUAGCCAUGCAAAUAUCGAAGCCGGUGGCAACGAUGGCAGUUUGGAAAAGCAGCCAAGCAUGUCCAGCAUUCAAGCUGGAGUCCAAAGGGCUGAAAUGCUUCGGCGGAGUUGGACCAAGCAAGGCUUGAUCAUUGUCUUCGCAGGCCUUUUCUUGUGCACAUUGGCCAUCAACUUUGCCGAUUACUCUACACAGGUGUAUGCGGCAUAUACAACGAGUUCUUUCAAGCAACACUCUGCCAUGAGUGCUGCACGGGUGGUCAUGAACAUCGCCCGCAUUUCCGCCUAUCCCGUCAUAGCAAAAUUGGGAGAUGUUUUUGGCAGAGCGGAAAUGUUCAUCUUGUCCAUCUCCCUUUCUGCUCUUGGCUACAUCAUUUACGCAGCCUGCACGAAUAUUGCGCAAUACAUCGCCGCCGGUAUAUUCGAAGCGAUUGGGUCAACUGGAUUUGCUCUCACACAGCAAGUCUUCGUGGCGGACAUGACCUCCUUGGUCAACCGUGGUGUGUGGUCAACAUUGCCGGACUCUCUCACUACAAUCCCAACCCUGUACCUCGGAACCAUCGUCGCCCAACGUAUCCUCGACCACUCUACAUGGCGAUGGGGCUGGGGCAUGUGGGCAAUUGUGCUACCUGUUGCGUCAGUGCCGCUGAUCGGAACCAUGCUGGUUUAUCAGCGCCGAGCGCCCUCCAAAGUCUCCGCGUCCGACGCAUUGGGCUGGAAAACUGAGGAUCCCUGGUGGAAAAAGGCAUAUCAACUACUAUGGAUUCAACUCGAUCUUCCAGGAGCCGUGCUCUUGGUAGCCGGGCUGUCUCUCAUUUUGAUUCCUUUGUCUCUCACAGGAGCCAACAACAGUAGCGCGUGGACCAAAGGGUCUUUUAUUGCCAUGUUGGUCCUGGGUGUUGUUUUCAUCGUCGCGUUCUUGGUUUGGGAUGCAUGGUUUGCGAAAAAGCCAUUCGUUCCCUAUCUCAUGAUCAACAACCGCACUGUUGCUGCCGCCUGUCUUCUUGGGGCAUUGGACUUUUUCCACUACUCAGUGUUCAGUGUCUUUUUCACAAGCUACCUGCAGGUUGCUGGAAACUUUUCGCCAGGUCCGGCGACCAGAAUUGACAAUUCUCUUCGUGUGUCUUUCCAGGUUGCCGGAAUAUUUGCCGCCUUCUUCAUGAAGUAUACCAAGCGGUCUCAGAUCUGGGUAUUGACUGGUGUUCCUCUUUGCGUCCUUGGCAUGGGCGUGCUUCUUUACCUGGUUGACAUGGGAGAUGGUCGCACUGGAAAUGAGCCCUCCUUUGUGGCUGCCAAAUCAUUGAUUGGCGUGGGGCGUGGGUUUUAUCAAACAGCUGCUCAAGUUUCAGUGCAAGCCAUGGUUUCGCGACAGGAUGUUUCUGUCGUCACCGCAGUAUUCUUUGCUUCUAUGAGCGUCGGAGGUGCAAUUGGGACAAGUGUCGCGGGUGCUAUAUGGAGAAACACUCUGCCAAAGAAAUUACAGCAGUACCUCCCAAACGAGUUGAAGGGCCAGGCUAAGUCUAUUUUCGGGUCAAUUGUUGUCGCGCGAAAAUACGCUAUGGGGACAGAGGCUCGCGAGGCCAUCAAUCGAAGCUACCGAGAGUCUCAAAGACUACUUGCAAUCGCUGGAUUGGUCUCGCUGUCACUGAUGCUUGUGGUGAUGCUAUUUUUGAAAAAUGUGAAGCUGGAUGAAGCUGGAGGGGCCGAAACCCAGGAGCAAGAUCAGACUCACAAGCCUGAAGCGGUCGCCGAGGGUCCUGUAAAAGGAGAUGAUCGUGCUUGA